AUGUUUUUCGAGUCUACAUUUGUGCCUUCACCUCCAUUAUCCGAUACUCAGGCUGAUAAUCUGUCAGCUGAUGAAGAGGGUCAUUCUCAAAUAGACGUAGAUCAUCAUUCUGAUAAACCAGUAGACCACGUCAUCUUUGUGAUUCAUGGCAUUGGACAACAAACAGAGCAAUACGGUCAAUUCUAUGAACACAUUGAGGACUUACAAGAGACAACGAGACAAGUACUACAAUACAAAAUACCCAGUCAUGAUGUCCGCAUUGAGCUGAUACCUAUUGAAUGGCACAGACAUAUCCAUGAACAAGUAGACCCCAUUAUGAACAAGAUCACCCUAAAGUCUAUACCCACUAUCCGAUUGAUAGAGAAUGAAUACUUGGCUGAUGUCCUCUACUACUUUUCAAAAGAUCGAGGACAAAAGAUCAUUGAUAACGUCACUCAUCUCUUUAAUACUUCAUAUCAACAUUUCAUCGAAAAGCAUCCCAAUUUUAAUGGCAAAAUCAUCAUCUUGGGUUACUCCUUGGGAGGAAUUAUCACUUGGGAUAUUCUGUCACAUCAGCGAGACAACUUGACUGAACAAGAGCAAGACAUGUAUAACAAGUUGGAUGUCAAAUUCUCCAAAUUAAACUUUAAGCCUGAUUAUUUCUUUGGCCUUGGCUCUCCUCUAGGUGCUGUCCUCACAUUCCGCGGUCAGAAUCCGACAUUAUAUCAUCCUGAGCAUGAUAUUCAAUUUGAAAAUAUUUUUCAUCCAUUUGAUCCAUUGGGUUAUCGAUUUGAGCCUUUACUUAAUGAUUACUUUACUGAUAAGCCUGCAGUACUCAUCGACCGAUCCAUACCCAUCGGCCCUUCCUUCUCAUUCCCUUCUUUUCCCAUCUCUGCGUCCCUAUUUUCCUUCUUUUCAUGGAAACAAGAGGAUAAGGUAGCUGGAGCCUUGUAUGAAGCUACAUCAGAUGCUGCUAAAGACCAAGAGGUGCAACAACGAGAUGUACAAGAGCAGAUCCCUCCAACAAACGGAUUCAUUUCUUCUCUAUUACAGUACUUUUCAAAGGGCACAAAAAAGGAGGGAGAUAAGCCAGAGGAAAAGUGCUGGGAGGAACUGGAUACGCGAGAGCAGCUGUUGGCAUUACGUGAAGAUCUCGAUAGGACCUUGACGUCAGCUGACGAGUUAUUGUUAGUACAGAACAAUGGCAGCAAUUUACCAAGGCCAAUGAUACAGCCACGAUCAAAGACGUAUAGUCUACCCUAUACUGAUGAUCAGAAACCCGAAGGCACAGAGACAAAGAGAGUGCAACUAAGAAAGACGAUGACGGAUCAACACUCUCCGGGCAAUUGUCAUCAUCUCGUCGAAGUAUUAGGUAUUGAUGGUUUACCUCGUCUGGAAAGAACGAAGAGUUAUGUUGAUCAUGUUCAUGAGGAAGAGGAUAAGGAUGAAGAGAAGGAAGGUCAUACAGACGAGCAGACCACUGAUAAAGAGUCCACGGCAAGUACAAAGGGUGGCGGAGAUGAUAUCUGGUCCGAUCUGAAUGCAGAAUUGCAUAAACCAGGGCCAGCUAUCACUGAGCCUGGUGAAUCCAAAGCGGAUGUUGCCCAAGACUCCACUGUGCCCAAUGCAAAUGCCAAGGAUAAUGACAAGAUAACGGAUGUAGAAGAGGAAGAGCAAAAUGAAAAGAGUAAGUUACCGGGAGGACGAAGGAUCGACUAUGUGCUGCAGCCAGAAAGCAUGAUGGCCAUGCUUGCUAAUGAAUACUUGAUCGGGUUGAGAGCUCACUUUUCAUAUUGGACAAAUAAGGAUUUCAUUUGGCACAUGUUGCGACGCAUUGAAAAUCUGGAUGAUAAAACGCCAAGUGCUAGUACUAGCAGCAGUACACCCUCGAACACUUCUAACUCAUCAAAGGAAUAA